AUGAAGUCGAUAUUCCUGGAGAUUUUCUUGUCGUUCUUGGCUUUUGAGGUCCUUCUUUUUACCAGUGCAAGCUCCGAAGAAUCUAUUUUAAGAUUCAAUUGCGAUGAAGACUGUACCAGGAUGCUCAACGCUUUUAUCACACAUGCUGUAAAAUACACUGAAACUGCUGAGGAUUUGAGGAUUCAGUUAAAUGUAACUGAUGAAAAACUGAAGAACGAAACAGAAAUUACUGAAUACUUGUGGAUACAAUUAAAUGCAACAAUUGAAGAGCUCCAGAGCAAAGAAAUCUUAGUGAAUUCCAUGAACCAAACUAUUCAGAAGUUGGAAAGACGUCUGGCUGAAGAAACUGAUCCAUUGUUGAUCCUUAAUGGAACAAAUGGAUGUCCCGUUGAAGGUCCAAGUGAUAUUUAUAAGGCAAAAUUGCAGGGUUUACCAGCUUUUGAAGUUCCCUGCUCCGAAGAAGGUUGGAUGACCAUUCAAAAGCGUUCCGAUGGUUCCGAGAAUUUUGAUCGAUCAUGGGAGGAUUACAAGGAUGGGUUUGGAAAAGUCACAAGAGAGUUCUUUAUCGGGCUGGAAAAACUCUAUUUGCUGACCAAUUCGGCACCCCAUGAACUUUACAUUAAAAUCGGAAGAUCUGGUGGAUCUUCAAGUAGCGCCACUUUUGAUAAUUUCCAAAUUGGCAAUGAGACGGAAUCGUAUGUGCUGAAAUCACUGGGUGUAUUUAAUGGUACUUCCGGAGAUUUCUUUACAACCAGCAUGAACCAAAAGUUCUCCACUUUUGAUAGGCCUGGCGAUUACAAUAUGUGCUCUACGAAUGAUCAAGGUGGUUGGUGGACCAAUGAUUGUGGUUAUAGGUAA